AUGAAUAAUUUGGAGAACUUUAAACUGAGUUUGCAGUAGAAACUGGAGAACAGACUAUAGUUCAUUAUAGGCUUCACACAAUUUUGUUUAAUGAAAGAAAACUAUUUCCUCUGGAUAUUAGCGAUGAUAGUGAGUGUCCUUUAAAAAGUUGCCAUAAUAAAAUUAGCUCCUUUGCUUAACGACUUUAAUGGAACUUCUGGACCUCAAGACUUGGAAUUACUAUUUAGAAUAUGUGUUCCAACAAUUUAUUUGCCUGAAAAUUUAGGACCAGAUUAUUUGAUUGCAUGUCAGAGUGUAUUCAUCGCAUUCUUUUCCAUUCCGGCCAUUUUAGUUGGAGUGAGUAUGUCCGAUGAGAUUACAUUUUUUAAAUAAACAAAGUUUAAGAAUAAAAGACAAUUAAAUAUCAGUCAGAGUGACAAUCUAAGUGAUUGCAUUCAGAUUAUGCAUUAGAUCUACAAUUAAAACUCAUAUAUAGAAGGAUUUCAACAUCGUUUGAUGUCAGACUAAUCAAAUACAUCACUUUAAAUAAUAAGGCUGAGAUAAAUAGCAAUAUUCCUGAAUUAUUUUCCUCAUGUUUUCCUAAUCCCCAUUCUCUAUUUCUUAUUGUAAAUCAACUUAGUCUUAGACAAGGCAGAUGAAACACAAUAAAUUGUUGGAUAAAUCCUGAAUGUCAUAUUGGCUAUUGAAACUUUGAUAAUUUCAAGUUUAUCAUUAGUGUGGUGUUAGGUGUCAUUUACCUUACAUGAAUCCAACUUCAUGAGACUGAGAUUUUCAUACUUACAAUGGCUACAUAUAGGAUUCAGUAUAGUACCCAUAUUGAUCAGUUACUCUUAUGUAAGAGCAGGCAACAUUAUACAGGAAGAUGAUUUUAUCUACAUAGUCAAUUUGAUAUUUGUAAUAAUUGCUUUUCUGAUUGAUGCUUUAGAUGCCUAUCUAACAUUACCCUAUGUAUAGAAAUUUAAAUAUUCCACAAAUGUAUUUAUGAGGGCAAUCGUACUUUGUUUGACUUUAUUAUUCAUUUGCAGACUAACCGACUAAUAGAUUAUAUGCUUAUCUUUUAUCAUUGCUCCCUGUUUAAGUAGGCUAUUUAUUGUUCUUCAAGACAGCAGAAUUGAAAAUGUGCUUACGUCAACAUUAAAGAAAGAAAAGUCUAUUCAAGCUUUUGCAAAUCUCUAAUAAUAAUAACCCCAAUAAACCUUACAUACUCAUGAGUCUGAAUAAGGAUUACGAAUUGAAAGUGAGAAUAUCAAGUAUAAGGAUUUCUAAUCAAACAUCAUCAAGUAAUAUGAUAUGUCCUACUUCAUUCAUUUUAUAAGAGCAGUCUAAUUGAUGAGAUUGUAAGAGAUUGGAGUAUUAACCAGAAAUUCUGGAGUGGAGUUGAAGAUUGAAAGAUCAAAGAUUCUUAUGGUGUGUAUCAUAUUGUUGAGGACUCACACUGAAAACUGUAAUAAUCAAUAUUGUUUUUGUCGGGGUCUGAAAGGUGAAAAGAGAAAGAUAAUAGAUAAAUAUGAGAUAGUUAAAGAAAUGAGAAUGUAUGAUGAUUUCAAAAUACUCAAUAUUCAAUUUUAUGUGGAAUUGAUUAUGAGAUAUUUAAGAGAUUACUCUAAGCUGGUCUUCUAAACUGAAAUACGCAAGGCACAUCCGAAUAUUAUAUAUUUGAUAUAGAUCUUAGUGUUUUUAUGCAAUUCUGAUGAGUGUUACUAGGCUUAAUUGUAAAUACUGGAUUUAAAACAUUUAUUGGAGAAGGGAAGUUCUUUGCAGCAGAGAUUAGCUUUCGAGCUACUGAAGAGCUAUUCAAAAUAUCAAAUUCUACAUAGAUUCAAGGAGGAUAUUACUAGGUAAUCAAUAGAGUUAACUUUGAAAUAUGAAGAUUACAGGUACACAGAAUUGGAGAGGGAUCGCUUAUUGAAAUAAGUAUUUGUCAAUUUAUCGCAUAAAAAACAGUUUCUACUAAAACUAAAUGAUGAAACUCAUAGUUAUGAGUCACUUGAAGAAUUAUAUUUGAAAUUAAACACACAAAAUUGUAAGAUAUAAAAAGAGCUAGAAUAUUUUAAUUUAUAUUCACCGGGAAGAACCUCUUUGUAUUGUUACAUGCUUUAUUGUCUUGAAGUGACAAAUAACUAUGAUCAAUUUAUUAAACUAUGUAAUCUAAUCAAUACAAGGGAAAGUAAGUUUUUUGAAUACCCAUCAUUUUAUUAUAAAACUGAAGAGUAAUCAUAUAAAGUUGGGUAUAUGUCACUUAAUCUAACAUAAUCACAUAUGAAGAGAGGUGAAAUCAUCAAUUUCUCUAAGAAUUUUCCAUCUUUUGUAGGUUAUACCUCUGAAGAAUUUAGACAACAAGUAAAAUCAUUAGAUCAACUUUGUUAUCCAAGUAUAAUCAAAGCACAUGAUGAGAUGAUGGAGAUGUUUGUAAUAACAAAUAGACCUAUGGUUUUUAGAUAGCCAUUGCCAUUCUUAACUUAGCAAUAAACUCCAGGAGUUUUGAGUUAUUUGGAAAUCUUUAUAGAUAUUAGUUUUAAUUUUUCAUCAAAUGUUCUUCCAUCCUUUUGUUUCACCAAAGAAAUCAAAUAAGGAAUAAGAUAGGAUGGAUUGAGUGGUUUCAUUCUAUUGGAUUCCAAAUAAAAUAUAGAGGGAAUUACUAAUAACGCUUUAGACUGUUUUGAGAUGACUAAUCCCUCAAAAUUACUAGGAAAGCCUAUAAAUUAGUUUAUACCAAAUUUUAACUCUUUGGACGCUUAAUUACAAAAUUAUUUGGAGGAAUAUUAAAAGGAAAAUGGUGUAGCUGAAACCUUAACAACAGCAAAUAAAUUGGUUUAGCAUUUCAAUGUUUCCUAAGAUUCUAUUGAAAUGAUAUUAGACAAGGAUACUAAAUUCUAAUUGGAUUUAGAAGUCCAAAUGUCUUACUCUCUUGUAAACAGGAUUGUAUUUAAAGUGUAUGUUUUAAAAAUCAGAUCGCCAUAUAAAUUGGGAGCAGUUUGUUCUGAUGAAUCGCCAUUGUCUUAGUCUUUGGAUGAAUAUAGUUCCGAAUUCGAAGGCAUCAAGCUAAAGGAUUACGUAAUGCCUGGAGCAGGAGAUAACGAGAUUCCUCAAUUCACUUCUCAGCCAGACCCAAUAACCUUGCGAAGUUAAAUGGUGCCAGCUGAAUAGGAGAAUUAGCCCUUAAGACAACAGGAAUUCUUAUGUAGUGACCAUCAUGAUAUAGUAUCAAAGUAGGAUUCAAGUGAAAAAGAUAACGAAUCACCAGAAUAACCUCACAAAUAAAUCUACAUCAAUAGCAUCAGUAGUAAUUCAUCAAAGCAAAGUGAAAUCUAAAGGAUUUUAGUUAAAUCUCAUUUUUACCGUAAGUUCUCUGAGAUGAAUACUAAACCUAAAUUACUUUAUGCUCUACUAUUCAUAAAUAUCUUUUCUUUGACUGCCAUUUUAGGAUUUACAACUGCAAGUACAAUACUCUAUGCAAAUUGGUAAAGUAACAUAAGAAGCAACAUUUAUAUUUUAUAAGCUUUUACAAUGACUGCUUAUAGUAGAGCCACGAUGUAGGGAUCCAUGACUUUGAUAUAAUAUAUAUAAAUGGGUUCCAACUUAUCAGAAUUUGGAAUGUAUUAUGAAUAUAAUGCUACUCUACUUGGGUAGUUGCAGACAGUCUUGGAUAGAAAUAUAGAAAUAUUUUCAACAAAAAUGGAUGAAUAUUCAGAAAAUUCUAUUAUCAGAGCAGUGUUUUCAUCAAUAGAAUUAGAAUAAUUGGAUAUUUUUGAGAAUGUAGACAAAACAGUUAAGGGUUGGACUGCUCUGUUUUAGUUGAUGUAUAUGAUAAGAUCAUUACAUAUCACUGAUUUUACAGAUAACUUUUAAUUUGUUAAGUCUAUUUUAUACUUAUUGAGAUCUUAUAGUAAGUACAAGAAUGCGUAUUCCCUCUUGAAUACUAGAUUCACGGAUGAAAUCAAUUCAAUUUUGGGGUCUCAGGAUAACAUCAUUGACUAUGUUUCUUUUACUUUUAUUGCAGUGUACGUAGUAUAUUUCUGUAUAGCAUUUCUCUUGUAAUAUUCAUACAUUUAAUUAUGUAAAAAAUACAUACGAUGUUCAGAGCAAAUCUCACAUUCUGCAAUUGCUAGCGAAUUAAAUCACGUGAACUAAUUGUUAUUAAUCAACCAAGAUAUUGAUUAGCAUUUUGAUCUCUAUGAGUACCAUUUCUCAUUAAAAGAUAAGUUCCAUCCGGAAGAAGAAGAAAAAUAGAAUAAUAACUAUUAGGGUGGAAGUUCUACUGCUCAUCACAACAACAAUAAUAAUAACAAUAACAACAAGAAAUUUAUAAAGGUUUAAGAGCAAUUCAAUGUAAGACGGCAACUUACAUUUAGUUUUCAUUUAAUUUCCAUCACUAUUUCAUUGGUGACUUUUUUAUUAGUAAGGAUGAGUGACAAACAAUAAAUAAGUGAUUUAGAGUCAAAAUUAGCAAUCUAUUAAAAAUGUAUUACUUUUACAGAAAGCUUAUCAGAAGCAUGUUUAACUAAUUUCAUAUUGCAAAGUAAUAAAUAUUUGGUGCAAAAUGAACUUAUAAAUCCAGAAGAUCCAGCAUAAUUUUUUAUUUAUACCAGUGAAAGUUACACAACGGCAAAUACUAUAUUAGGAGAUAUACUUUACUCUGAGGGAACAGUUUCCGAAGAAUUAAAGGUUCUAUUUUCAAGUAAUGUGUGUCCAGUUGUCAAUGAGCCUGAAAUCUGUGUGACUGUAAAUAAUGGAGAGUUGUAAUAAGGAUUAUUAUUGCCCUCUUAAGAUAUAUUUUAAAUCUUGAGAGAAAACAUAGAUUUAUACUAAAUCUCAGGUUCGGCAACACAAAUGCUUUAAUUGAGACAUAUGUUAUCAGAAAGUUUUAUAAUAGAUGCGGUUAGUAAUUUUGUAGAUACAGUUCGAUAGACUAUCGAGGAAGGAAUCUUGGAUAGCAACAGAGUCAAAUUAACGAUUUCUAUAAUAUUUUACCUUUUCAUUAUUAUGAUAAAUAUGGCUUAGAUUUGGAUUAUUCAUUAAUCUAUCAAGAACAAAUUGUGGGGCAUAAGACAAUUUGUUUAUUUGUUACCACCUAAAGCGUUGUACAACGAAGACAGUUUUUAUAAAACUCUCACCUAUUUACUGAAAAUUGAAAAUUAAAUACUAUAUAUGUGA